CUCCGGCAGGUGGUGGUGCUGAGUCCGGGCCUGGUCCGCCGCUGCAGUCCCCGCAUCGGUCUCCGUUGCUGCUGCUGCCGCCGCCGGCCAUGGACCGCUGGGCGUGGGCCAACGGCCUGCUGGACAUGACCGAGACCCUGGUGAUCCAGCAGCGCGGAGUCCGCCUCUACGACGGCGACGAUAAGACAAAAUUUGACUCUGGCUCCCUUCUGCUCACCACACACAGAUUACUCUGGAGAGACCAAAAAACUUCUGAUUGCUGCAUCUCGCUGCCUCUGUGGCAGAUUGUUUUCUUUGAAGAACAAGCAGCUGGAAUAGGAAAAAGUGCUAAAAUAAUCAUUCAUCUUCAAGCGGCUGCCUCCAACAAGGAUGCGGGCCCGUAUCAGAGCAGCAAGUACUCUUUCAUCAAACUCUCCUUCCGCGAACAUGGACAGAUCGAGUUUUACAGGCGACUUGCGGAGGAACUAUCUCAGAAGCGAUGGGAGAGGAGCUCUGUACCUCAGCCAGUGCCAGCUGGUAGAUCACAACCAGGAAGAGUGAAGGCUGUAGGAAUUGUGGGCAUAGAGCGGAAGCUGGCAGAGAAACGGAAGGAGACGGACAAAAACAUCUCGGAGGCGUUUGAAGAUCUCAGUAAGUUAAUGACAAAGGCCAAAGAGAUGGUGGACUUGUCGAAGUCAAUAGCGAACAAAAUCAAGGAGAAGCAGGGAGCUAUUUCUGAGGAUGAGACGAUCCGUUUCAAAUCGUACCUACUCAGCAUGGGCAUAGCAGAUCCAGUCACCAGGGAAACGCAUGGAUCGGGAACAAACUACCACAAGGAACUGGCCAAGCAACUGGUGGCGAUGCUGCACGCCCCCUUGGAGGAACAAGGUGGAAUGAUGGCUCUGACCGAGGUCUAUUGUUUAACGAACCGGGCUCGAGGAAUGGAGCUUCUCUCACCAGAAGAUUUAGUGAAUGCUUGUAAAAUGUUCGAGGAUCUGAAACUACCAAUGAGAUUGCGUGUUUUUGACAGUGGAGUGAUGGUGGUUCAACUCCAGUCACAUAAUGAAGAUGAAAUGAUUGCUUCAGCUCUGGAGACGGUGUCAGAGCGAGGCGUCCUCAGUUCAGAAGAGUACGCCAAGCUGGUGGGCAUCUCGGUUCUGCUGGCCAAGGAGAGGCUGCUGCUCGCCGAGAAGUUUGGCCACCUCUGCCGUGACGAUUCCGUGGAAAGCCUGCGCUUCUACCCAAACCUCUUCCUGACGCAAGACUGACAGCUCACCAGUGACGGUCUGCACCGCAUUUUGCUCCCGGCCCAUGGAUUGUGGCGAGUAUGAGCGACUGUGACCACUGCAAAGUGGAAUUCAGGCACUUACCACGGUCAUUGUGGUGGAAUGGUGGAAGCUGAACAUCAACAGGAUGCUGCAUGGAUGAACACAGCAUAAGCAAGUGCUUACGAACAUCAUCAGCGACUCAUUACUGUCUUCCAAAUGAUGUACAUCUAUUGGAACAAACAAUAAAUUCAAUGUGAAUCUUA